UCAGAGAGGAUCGAGACCGGCAGGCAGAGCGUCUGCUGCAGGAAGCUGCGCCUCGUGCCUGCAGGAGAGUUUUGGGCAGUAAUUUAGUGCCAUGCAUCCUUUACAAUGUGUCCUCCAAGUACAGAAGUCUCUGAGAUGGGGACCGUUGGCCUCUGUGUCCUGGCUAUUGCUCAGGACCUGCAGGGCACACAGCAGUCUUUCCAGCACCACAAGUCCUAGUCCAGAGAGGCAGGAGGAUGGAGUUCAGAAGGAUUUUAGCUCCAGGCUGGCCACUGGACCAACUUUUCAACAUUUUUUAAGAAGUGCCUCAGCUCCUCAAGAGAAGCUGUCUUCUCCAGAAGUGGAAGAUCUACCCCCCUAUCUCACAGUGGAUGAACUUCUAGGAAGGCAGAGAAAAGUCUACUUUGAGACCUAUGGUUGCCAGAUGAAUGUGAAUGACACAGAGAUAGCCUGGUCUAUCCUACAGAAGAGUGGCUACCUGCGGACCAGUAAUCUGCAAGAGGUACAUUUUUGGUUGAAUUUUGCCUGUUUUGAUCUGUGUAGGGAGAAGGCUGAGCAGACCAUCUGGAACCGUUUACUUCAGCUUAAAGCCUUGAAGACAAGGCGGCUGCGCUCUCGGGUGCCUCUGAAGAUUGGGAUUCUAGGCUGUAUGGCCGAGAGGUUGAAGGAGGAGAUCCUCAACAGGGAGAAAAUGGUGGAUCUUUUGGCUGGUCCAGAUGCUUAUAGGGACCUUCCUCGGCUGCUGGCUGUUGCUGAGUCAGGCCAGCAAGCUGCCAAUGUGCUGCUCUCUCUGGAUGAGACCUAUGCCGAUGUCAUGCCAGUCCAGACAAGUCCCAGUGUCACUUCUGCCUUCGUGUCAAUCAUGCGAGGCUGUGACAACAUGUGUAGCUACUGUAUUGUUCCUUUCACACGUGGCCGGGAGAGGAGUCGGCCUGUUGCAUCCAUUCUAGAGGAAGUGAGGAAGCUUUCAGAGCAGGGGCUGAAAGAAGUGACACUUCUUGGUCAAAAUGUUAAUAGUUUUCGAGACAAUUCGGAGGUCCAAUUCAAUAAUGCAGUGUCUUCCAACCUCAGCCGUGGCUUCACCACCAACUAUAAAACCAAGAAAGGGGGGCUUCGUUUUGCUCACCUUCUGGAUCAGGUCUCCAGAAUAGAUCCUGAAAUGAGGAUUCGUUUCACUUCUCCCCACCCCAAGGAUUUUCCUGAUGAGGUUCUGCAGCUGAUUCAUGAGAGAGACAACAUCUGUAAACAGAUCCAUCUGCCAGCUCAGAGUGGAAGCAGUCGUGUAUUGGAGGCCAUGCGGAGAGGAUAUUCAAGAGAAGCUUAUGUGGAGUUAAUUCAUCAUAUCAGAGAGUCUAUUCCCAGUGUGAGCCUCAGCAGUGACUUCAUUGCUGGCUUUUGUGGGGAGACAGAGGAGGAUCACCUCCAGACAGUGUCCUUGCUCCGAGAAGUUCAGUACAACACGGGCUUCCUCUUUGCCUACAGCAUGAGACAGCUCAGUAAACGCUCUGCCAAUGACUUGUGUGGCCGGAAUGAUGGAAAUCUUAAGGUGAUCUUCCCUGACUCAGAGAUGGAGGAUGUCACUAACCCUGGACUCAGGAUCAGAGCCCAGCCUGGGGACUACGUGCUGGUAAAGAUCAGUUCUGCCAACUCUCAGACACUCAAAGGACAUGCUAUCUGCAGGACGACUCUGAAGGACUUCUCGGCAUAUUCCUGACCUGAGGGGAUGGCCCAGAGUUGACUUGAACACUCCUUCCCAACCUGAAAGGAGCUAUUACUGGUCACUAAUGAAAGAGGUAAUGAAGCUGUGAGGCAAACUGCAGAUGGUGAUGCAUCCCUUUGCUGCUACAUAAACAGCUUUUCUGUGUAUAAUCAUUAAAAGUACUUAA